GUAAACAAAUAUUUUGCUAUAUGUCAUUAUUAAUACAAUAAAUUUAUACAUUAACGUUAAUAAAAAUGAGUAAAUCCAAUAAAAUGUUUGCCGAUAAGGCAUUUGAAUUAGUUAAGGAAUUGGAACGAUCCUCUCAAACAAUACCAGCUUUUGAUGAUGAUGGUGUCAGACAAGUUUUGGAAGAAAUAAAAGCUAUAUUUGAAGAAAAUUGUGCUCAAGCAGCCAACUAUUCCACAUCAGGUGAUCGUACAUUAUGGCCCUUAUUAAAUUUUCGUCAUGCUGCUUUGCAGCGCAAUAAAAGAUGUCUCCUCACCUACCUGCAUCAACGUUUACAGAGAAUCAAAGCUUUACGUUGGGAAUUUGGUCCGAUAGUGCCAUCCGACAUUAAAGUAAAUCUUUGUGAACCAGAAGUGACUUUUUUCAAUAAAUACUCUAAAUCUUUAGCCUCCUAUAUGCGUUCCAUAGGUGAUGGUCAAGGUAUUGAUCUAACCGGUGAUCUUCGUCCACCAAAAUCCCUAUAUAUUGAAGUACGUUGUGUGGAAGAUUUUGGCAAAUUUGAAUUGGAAGAUGGAGAAGUUAUUUAUCUUAAGAAAAAUAGUCAACAUUAUUUGCCACGGUCACAGGUGGAAACAUUGAUAUAUUGAUUCAUACUACGUUUACAAAUAUGUAUAUUCAGUCUGCUGAUUGUGAUGCAGUUCCAAUGUGUUGACUAAUCAAGUCUAAUGAAUCUGUCCAUUUGUAUAUUUGUUUAUCGAUGUAUAUAUGUGAUUUAAAUUAUACUUUGUGACAUAAAUAACCGUCAACAGAGUAUAUUUAACUUUGACAUUUUUUUAUUUAAAAAUAAUAAUAAUAAUAAUAAUAAUAAAACUCUAAAUUGUG